CUCUCUCUCUUCUCAUUUGUUAAAGGUCUCAUACCGGUGCAACAGAACCAUGACUUUUUUUUUCCCAAACAGAUCUUCUUUCUGCCCUUUGGGCAAGUCCCGCACCCUCCCCAGCUCACCCCACCACACACACAUACACACCCCCGAAAACCCCCGCCCUGGAAGAGGUAUUUCUGUGCUCGCUGCGGACUCUUUAAGCCGCGGGAACAUCCGAGUGGGAGAAGCACUGAGCCCGUCUGGGCCGAGAAAGGAACGAAUGGAAAAUUCCCUCACACCCAGGCCGCCCCGGGGCCCAGGCUGGGGCGCCGACUCUCGCACCCGGGGCGGGCGCGGUCCGCCAAGCCCGCCGGCUGCAGGGAGGAGGGGGAGGCCGAAGAGGCGGGGGCUUGAGCGAACUUGGGCUCAAGUAGUUGGGGCGCGCCAGCGCAGGGAGGGGGCCGGGGGCUCCCCAGCGCGAGCCCGCGACCCCAGGCAGCUCCACCGGAGCGGCGCGCAGGGCUUCGCCGCGGUUUGCCGCCCUCCCUGGGGGUGCCCCGUGCACGUGGCCUCGCUCGGAGCGGGAGGACCGGGCCCAGCAGCCGCUGCCGCCUCCUGCUCCCUCCUCCUCCGUCUCCUCCUCCUCCUCCCAGGCCUGCUCCACUCUCCUCCUCCCGCAGCCCCGCUGGCCGGCUCCCAAUCCCCACCCCCCGGGGCCCGGGGCGCCGGCGGAAAGCGGCUCCCUCCCGCCGGGGUGCAGCAGGGCUGGGCCGAGGCGCGCCAGGGCUGCGGGGCGGUCGGGCGCGCGCUCGAUCGGGGUGCGUGUGCCGCUACCGCCCUGCAGAGGCGGCCGCGCCCGCCUCGCUCCCGCGCGAGAGCCCCGCCCCCACCCCACCGAGCCGAGCGGCAGGCCCGAGUGAAUGAACUUGAUUUCGGGUAUUUGGAGCGAGGCGGUUUGCCUUGCACCCUUUCUACGCGCGCACACAGGCACACACACACACCGCCCCCAAAAUCCGGUUUUCCGCAAGGGAUGGGUGGAGAAGAGGUGGUAGCAAAGGCUGUCCAGACAAUGGAGAGAGGAAAAGUUGCAUCCAAAAGUUUUCUCACAAGCUUAAAAAAGAAAAAACGAAAAGUUGACAACUGUGACACAGAGGAGGCCGAAAAAGCUGCAGCAGCACCAGGGGGGAAGAAGCAGCCGCAGACCCAGCUCUUGCAUGUGAUUUGAGGGGAGGCUCAACAAUUCCACACACCCUGGCUGCAUCGCCAAUAUCAAUAUUUUAAAACUAAAUACAAAAGAGACAGAUGACCUCCUGACCCCAGGAAACAGGCCUGCAAAACUGCAAGUAUCCACACUACCAUGCCCAGGGACCUUUCCUCCUUCCAAAUGAACCACAAAAAUCAUACAUGUGUAGCCUGGAAAACACAAUUUUAUAUCCACAAGGAGGAACACCAAAAAAUCCACUCAAAAACGCAUAUAUAAACAACCAACACGGUCUGAAAUUGCCUGCACUUGAUGGGAAUUGCAAAAUCAUGCCCAGCUCUCCCAGCCUUUAAACUACUACUGUCAAAGUAGGGUAGCAAUUUUUCCCUACUAGAAAAUUCACCACCGGGUAGCUUCCCCACCCCCAUUGCCAGCACUCUGCCUUUCACUGAAACAAAUAACCAUGGACAUUUUUUCCCUCCUCUGGGAGCUGUUUGGUGUCCCCUGAGGACAAAACUAAAUGAGAAAAAUGACGCUGUUAAUAACAUCACUGCUGAAAUGCCUGUACUCGACUUAAAAAAAAAAAAUACCAUCCCACUAAGUAUGCCUACAUUUCGGGCACGUUUACAAGCUCCAUCUGAAUCUGAACACUGACUGGGCCAGAGUCCUCCAUUAAGGUUAGCCGGUUUCCACUUUUCUACAGAAAUGAGGCCAGUUCAUCAACAGAGAUUCCCAACUUCUGAAGACAUUUACUCCCCAGAUUACAAAGUCAGCAGUUGCCCUGUAACUUUUGCGUGAUUUAUUUUAAACUUUGAAAACCUUGGUAAUAAUUGUCUUAUUUCACUCCCAAUACUUCGAAAGUUACAUACACACUCACACACACAGUCUCGUCCCUGCUGGUACUGAGAGAGUUGUAGUUAUUGUUCUUUUUGAAAAUAGCUGACCUUUAAAGUAAAACUAUACCAUCAUUUUAUUUCUAUGUGUAAAUUGGCUUUUGUUGCUGUCUACAUACACCUUUGUGAUAUGAAAACAGAUCGGUUUUAGAGAGAUGUUUAGAAAGCUUUAUCCCAAAUGGCCAAGUAGCCUUUAUGUUUUGUAUUAAGAAGCGUAAAAGUACAUUGCAAACCCACGCAAACUUUCUGCACCCCUUUCUCUAACUCUUCCCUUGAAAACUGCCAUUCUAUUUCAAAAUCAAAACAAUGCUUAAGGACAGAAUUGUGCAUUUUAACUUUCAAAUUAAAAUUUAGCAAACAAUUGCAUAAUUACAAAGAGAAAAAACAAACACUUGAGCCUAUACCAAAUAUAUGUUCAGCAAACUUUAUCUCUGAAAUGUACCUGAAAUGUUUUAACACAGUAAGUUAAUAAAUUUCAAAAAGCAGUAAUAUUGUCCACUCGUGUGAUGUCACAAACUCCAAAAACAAAGUUACAGAUGUUCGUGACAUUACAUUCACUCAUAAUUAUGCUGCUGCUCAGUCUGACCAUAUUAAAAUUAAAUGGAUGCCUGUGUCUGCUAAAGAAUAAAAGGAAUUUAUUUUGGACAUCAAACAAUGAAACUGUCACCAUUUAUUGUAUGAAACACUCAGCUAAUCAAUUUCCUAUUAAAACAGCUUUCAACAAUACUCAGCUUUAAAAUUCAUCCGGGCCAGUAAAAACCUUUUCCCAGUGCACAAGAAUGCAGUCGCAACCACGGACGAUAAUUACCCUUCUAAUACUUUUAUUGCCAAGCAC